AUGGGCUCAGAAAAUAUGCACCUGACCUUUGAGGAGACUAUCGCAUCCUCCACAGAGAGCACCUAUGUGCAAACACCUCGGCGGCACAGGAGCAAACUGAUCUCAGUCUCUCUUUGAAGUCUAUGCAGGUUAAAAUUUGUUUUCAUUCUUUGGAUCUCCAUGAUGUUCGUUUGCUCGAGUUACCCAGUCGUCUCUUCCAUGAGCAGCAAUCCUUUCUAUUUGAAUUGCCAACUGUAUGGGAAAUCUGAUUACUGCCUGGUCCUGCUGAAUAACUGCUUAGCCAAGGUGGGCAGGAAUGAAGAAGUGGCUUUUUUGAAGCCUUACCUGGAGAUGCCAUUCGAUAAAAGGUCCUUUCGCAAUGGGGUUGGAUCAGGAAUUAAAAAAACUUCCUCUCGAAGAGCAAAGUCAUAA